AUGGUUCAGCAAGACAUUGUAGAAACUACAGUGAUAAAAAAACAAGAAAUCAGUCCUCAGGAACGGUUUCUGUAUCUCAAGCACAGUGAGUUCCAUGGAUCGACGGGCAUCGCAUGCGUGCUAACGCUGCCAACGUCGCUGAAAUUUGGAUCCCUGCGUGAAAAGGUGUUAAAUGAAGAGCAGUACGGCUUCCCACAGCACAAGCUGGUCCUGCUGUGCCAUGGCCACUCUGCUCACAAGAACACAGUGUACAUGCCGAUGCUGGCUCAGAGACUAGCCGACAAGGGGUACUAUGUGCUGCGAAUUGACUUUCGCAACAUGGGCGACUCCGAGCCCAAUCGGGACGCCAAGCUGGGACGCACCAUCGCACAGGAUUGUGAAGACAUCGAGACGGUAUAUCAAUGGGCGGCUACAGAGCAGUGUCGAAAACUGACUGGCUACACUUUGGUGCUCGAUACCAUUGUGGCCCACUCGCGUGGUGUUAUGUCAAUGUUCGAAUUUGCACGCAAACGGUACGUGCCCAAUCUGAUCAACGCAUGCGGAAGAUUUGUGGCGCACGGAUUGUACGAGAAGUCGUUGCGCAGAAAUCCAAACUGGGACCGUGACGGGGGGUUUAGCUGCCAGAUCCUGCGUUUUGGGAAAAUGCAAGAUAUUUGGAUCCCCAAAUCGGAAACCGUGAGCGCUGCGUCAGUGGACACGUCCAAAUUUGCAGAAAUCGACUCUAGAAGUUGGGUCAUGUCAAUUUACGGAUCGGCUGACACAGUCAUUCCCCUCUCAGCUCUGGCUCAAUAUUCAAACUUGUUCCAAGGUAGACAUACUGCGGAUCUAGUUAUGUAUGCUGAUCAUAAUUUUUACGGUCUUGCCAAUGACAAAAACGCCCACGAUCUGCCCCUUCGCAAGGGGUUGGUCAAUUACAACGUUACUGUUGUUGAGCGUAUCGCAUCUUUCUUAGAGCCUGAGCAACAGCUGCAAAGGUUUUACAAAAGUACAAGUUUUAUUCAAGAUUCUUGGAAUCCUUCUCAAUCGUUAGCGCGUUGGCCAUUGCCUCACGAGUUCUCGCACGUUUCAAAUUUCCGCGAUGUAGGUGGCUUCGUGACACGCAAUGGCCUUCGAGUAAAACCGCGCAUUCUAUUCAGAUGUGCGAAUCCUGGAGAAAUUACAGAGGCAGGUUUGCAAUACAUGACCCAAAACUUGAAAGUAUCGCAAGUAUUCGAUUUAAGAUCAGCCAAGGAAGUGAAGGAAAACAAGGUAAUAAAUGGAGUACCGGUAACAAAUAUUCCAUUCAACAAUCAACAAAGUGCGGAUCCUCAAGACAUGUCUUUGAUCUAUCGCGGCAUGUUUUUGUCACCGUACAUGUUUCCACAGGCAUACAAAAUAAUGCUUCAAAAUAGUAUACCAGCCAUUGCACAGUUUUGUCGAUAUCUUAUUGAGGGACAUUGUAAUCAGUCUCAUGCGGCAGUUUUCCACUGUGCUGGUGGGAAAGACCGUACUGGGAUUUUAGCAAUGUUGAUUCUGGGCUUAUUAGGAGUAGACGACGACACAAUAGCGCGCGACUUUGAGUUGACUACCAUUGGGCUGCAACCCGAGAGGAAACUACUCAAAGUGUUGGAAGAUCGGGGAGAUAUUUACUAUCAGAUGUUGAAUUCUGAUAAAUUGGCGCAAGAGUACCGGGCCACUCCAGAAUCAAUGUGCCGGAGCCUCGUGUCUUCAAAGUACGAAGCGAUGCGUUUAUUCUUGGAUCAAUUUCGCGUAUUGCACGAGUCUUUUGAUCACUUUUUUUUGAACGUCGUUAAGCUAUCAACUUCAGAUAUUAGAGCUAUCAAAAGCACGUUGUUGGAGUAA